AUGACUCGUCGUAUCUUCGUCAUCGGAGCCACAGGAGCCCAAGGCCUGCCUGUCUGUCGAGGCCUCACCAAAGAUGGUGCCUACAGCCUCCGCGUCCUGACCCGUGACACCAAAUCAGCGCGCGCAAAGCAACUGGCUGAACUUGGCGAUGUUGAAUUCAUCGAAGGAUCUUUUGCCAAUGAAGAAAAUCUACGUAAAGGCUACGAUGGCUGCUAUGGCGCCUUUGUCAAUAUUGACGGAUUCAAUACCGGCGAGAAAACGGAAAUCUUCUGGACGAUUCGCGCCUACGAGUUGGCCAUCGAAUGUGGCAUCAAGUUCUUCGUUUUUGGAAACUUGGACUACGCUUAUAAAAAGGGAGGAUACGAUCCCAAGUUCCGAACCGGCCAUUACGAUGGUAAAGGUCGACUUGGAGAGUGGAUGCUUGAUCAGAGGAAGAGCCACAGCAUGGGCACUGCGCUUUUCACCACAGGUCCAUAUAUCGAAAUGGCCGUCUCUGCUCAGAGUGCCAUGGUGCCUCGUAUUGUUGACGGUGUUGUGGCUUGGUCUGUCCCGCUCGCUGAUGGAGCCAUGGUGCUUGUCGCUCUGGAUGACUGCGAGUAUUAUGUCCGCUGGCUCUUUGACCAUCCGGAACGGUCUGAUGGUAUGGAUCUCGAAGUUGCCAUCGAUCAUAUUACAAUCGAUGGACUUGCCAAAUCUUUCCAAAAGGUCACCGGCAAGCCCGCCAAGUAUAUUGACAUCCCGCUUUCAGCUUAUUUCGAAAACUUGCCUGCACAGGGCAAUAUUCCAGCUGGGUACAACGCGGACGCAAAGGAUCCUGCAACCAUGACGAUUAAGCAGAACUUUACUGGGUUCUGGAAUCUGUGGAGACAUUCUGGUGGGAAUAUGGGGGUCAUCAAAAGGGAUUAUAAGCUUUUGGAUGAGAUUCAUCCAAACAGAAUUAGGACUGCGGAGGAGUUCUUUCGCAGGGAGGAGGACAAGCGCAAGGCAUUGGGCCUUUGUGAUCUGUAUGAGGCGAUUGAGAGUGGGGACCUUGGAAUUAUUCUGAAGGCUCGUGAGGAUGGAAGAAAGGGUGCGCUUUGA